AGAUGUGACUAAUAAUCGAUCGUUUCUUCUAAAUUAGCUUUUGGGCUGCACGCUCUGAUUCUAUUUUCGGCAACGGAAAUCACACGAGAUGUCCGUGACAGUGCCGCUAGUCACUUUCGAUUCGUCUGGCCAGAAACAAGACAGUAAAAGAAGGACGAAAAUGGCAAACGAAAAAACUACUUUUCACGAGAGUGACGCGGUGCACUUGGCCAGUUUUACCCAGCGGAUGGGACGUUGGAUUCACCGAUUUCGGCGUACUCGACAAAUGAUGUCCGAUGUUCAUCCAGGACCAGAUGCAGAUUUUCUGGAACGCUUCGCUUCAGGGGAACAUCAUCACCAUGAGCGGCAAAGCGAUAUUGGUGGGAAGGCCUUCUUGUGUGGACAGCACUGCCGUGGGCAAUUAGUGGUAGAUACUACACAAAAAGGCCACUACAGAUGGUUAGGCAUCGUGAGCAUGGCCAUUAUGUACAACUACAUUUUCAUCGUGGGUAGAACGGUAUUCUGGGACAUGCAAAAUAUGUGUCCAAUUGCCUGGCUUGUUCUGGAUUACGCGAGCGACCUGAUUUACGUGUUUGACAUGGCAGUUCACGCUCACGAAGGAUAUCUUGAACAAGGGCUGAUGGUAACGGAUCCAGAGAAAUUGCGACGUCACUACUGGCAAAGUUGGGAUUCGAAAAUUGAUAUUUUCAGUUUGCUGCCAACCGAUUUGCUGUAUCUCGUGUGGGGUAGCCCAAAUGAAUGCAUCCAUGCGCCUUGUGGUGUCGUUGUUCGCAUGAAUCGACUGUUCCGCUUACCCAGAAUGUUGGCUUUUUUCGACAAAACGGAGAAUCAAACAAAUUUCCCAAACGCUUUCCGCAUUACAAAGGUUAUGAUCUACUUGCUUAUUAUCAUCCACUGGAACGGUUGCAUUUACUUCGCAAUUAGCAACGCGAUCGGCUUCGGCUCCGAUGGUUGGGUGGUAACGCUGGUCGAAAACGGCGCUAAUCUUUCGUUAACCUAUCAGUACAUUUUCACAUUUUACUGGUCGACCCUGACGUUGACAACCAUUGGCGAAACGCCACCACCCGAGAUCGAAGUUGAAUUUCUUUUCGUCAUUGUCGAGUACAUGAUAGGCAUCCUCAUUUUCGCUACCAUCGUUGGUAACAUCGGCUCGAUGAUCACUAAUAUGAACGCUUCGCGUACCGAGUUCCAAACGAGAAUGGACGCCGUCAAACAAUAUAUGGUGUUCAGGAAAGUCUCAAAAGAGCUGGAAGAACGGGUUAUCCAGUGGUUCGAUUACAUGUGGUCCAACAAACAGUCUCUAGACGAAGGCCAAGUGAUGGACACCCUUCCCGAUAAGCUCAAAGCCGAGAUUGCAAUCCACGUCCAUCUUGACACGUUAAAACAAGUGAAAAUAUUUCAAGAUUGCGAGCCCGGUUUGUUGGCAGAACUCGUCCUUAAACUUCAGCUUCAAGUGUUUAGUCCAGGCGAUUACAUUUGCCGGAAAGGAGACGUCGGGAAAGAGAUGUACAUCGUUAAGAGGGGGAAGCUAAGCGUGUGCUCGGAUGACGGGAAAACGGUUUUCGUGACCUUAGGAGCUGGGAGCGUUUUCGGAGAAGUGAGUAUCCUCAACAUUGCUGGAAAUAAAACGGGAAACAGAAGAACGGCCAAUGUCCGUAGCGUCGGUUAUUCCGAUCUCUUCUGUCUUUCUAAAAGCGAUUUGUGGAACGCGCUGCAAGAAUAUCCUGAAGGACGGAAAACGUUACUGGAAAGGGGCCGUCAGUUACUACUCAAAGACGGACUGUUAGACGAGGAAGUAAAUCGACGCCAUCAAGAUGAAAGUGAUUCUGCUAAAGACCGCAUAGAUAAACUUGAGAUGGCGCUAGAUACCCUACAAACGCGUUUCGCCCGUCUGCUGGCCGAAUACACGAGUAGUCAGCAAACAAUCAAACAGCGAAUUAGCAAAGUGGAACAAUUACAACAACCGAUUCCUGAAAACGGUGCAAUCGCCGAGAACAAUAGCGCUGCCACAAUUAUACUAUCUCCCAAUUUGAAAAGGAAAAGUUUCAAUUUGCUCGAUGUCCCCAUGAGGAAACCUUCUACGUCACGGUCGGACGAUGUCGCUGGGGAUGAGGUCCCAUACGUUCCUCCCAUUCCAUUCACAGAAAACGGCAUUAGUGCGGACGUUUCAGCUUUCAAUUUAACUCGGAAGGAAUCUGAGAAUCACCAAUGAACAUUCGAACUAGAAGAAAUCGUCCCUUUUUUUUAAACGAAACGUUAGCUCAACCAAUAUGGCAACCCAAAUAUCUACGGAAAAACUGUUAUUUUCUCCCGAACGUGACGUGCACUUUCAAUAAGUCAUGAAUUCAGCCGAGCUUUUCCAUUUUUCAUUUUGAUCUGUUCGCAUUGAAACCGAAAGUAGGAGACAACUCCAUUGAAUUCUUAAUGGACGCAGGUAUUCUCCACCCUUGAUCUGUAUUAUUUCUUGCCCUUAUUUUUCUAUCCGUGGUCU